UUCCGCGCCAUGCUAGCCUUCAAAUGAGAAGACCGCUCAGUAUCUUCCCAGGCAAUGCGAAUCCGUCUCUUGGUUCGAGGACAGUUGCUUUACAAUGGUUCUCCUUCCCUUUCAAGUGUCUACGUCGCUCAAACCGACGUCUUCCUUCCCACAUUAACUGUUCGCGAGACGCUUAUGUAUGUCACGGACCUCCGUCUGCCCGAUUCGAUCAGCCACGAGAAACGUCGUAAUCUUGUCGAGGAGAUCAUCCUCAAGAUCGGACUGAAGGAAUGUGCAGAUGCAUCAGCCGGGGAUGGGAACGGAGACGCCUGAGUCUCGGAGUCCAGCUCCUCGGUCUCGAUGCAAGAAAGUGCGUAUCGGCUUAGAGUCCUGCGAAGAAAGGACGGACGAUCAUCAUGACGCUUCAUCAAUCUCGGUCGGAGAUUUUCCUCCCCAGCUCGACGCGGUGAUAUUGCUCGCCCAAGGAUAUGUGUUGUAUUCAGGUCCUGUCGCAGAUGCCGUGCCAUGGUUCGAACGGAGACUGUCGCCACCUGAGCUUCAUGUUAACCCUGCUGAUUAUUUGAUCAGUAUCGCCGCUAUCGACACCCGAACGAGGGAAGCCGAAAGCGUUGGUAGGGCUCGCGUGAAUAUGCUCGUUGCAGCGUGGAAGGAAGAGUCGGUGAUGCGCUUUCGGCAUACGAAACCUACAGUUCAUCCUGGUACCGGGGGAUUCCUAUCCCCCGGUAUUCACCCACGACCAUCCCAAAGUACCGUUCACUCGAGUCGUACUUACUCUCGUCUCAAGGGCAUCGAAAUCAAAUAUCAUGACCU